UUGGCUGAUGACACAUGAAAGUCACCGGUAGAAAACCAGCAGGGCGUGUUUACAUUUUAUAAGACAGCUAAACGUGACACAUGUUUCACCCGUUUACGGUGUAUCAUAAAGCAGCUCAGGGUUCAGAACAACGACAGUAUUGUUACGGCGCUAGCUUACGUCAGCCAGCAGCACCAUUUCACUUGUCACCAGUGUGUUUAAAGCUACCUCAAAACACCAGUUUUCCCACAGUCCUCGUCCUCUGAAGCAGUGUACAGAUGGCAAGAAGUCUCGGUCGAAUAUGCAAUGGCUUGCAACGCCUCGGCUCGGUCUCACCCAUACAGACUCAACUCCGCUACCCCUCUGCCAGCGUCUACCAGCCGGUCAGACGACGCUCUGUGCUGUUCAGGCCAAAUGCCAAAUUAGCUCAUAAAAUGGGCAAGUUUUACAUCUUCAAACUUCACAAAACUAUACUUUUAAACUUUGGAUUUGAUGCAUGUGUUUCCAGACAUGUCCACGGGGGGGCAAUAGCCACUAUGAUAGAUACUGUGACAGGGACUCACGCUUCUUUCCUCUCUGGACCGGUUGUGACUGCCAACCUCAACAUCAACUACCGAAGGCCAAUCCCACUGGGUAGCACAGUGUUGAUUGAAUCCUCUCUGGAUAAAAAAGAAGGCAGAAAAUUAUUUUUUUCAUGCAAAGUGACCAGCACCGAUGGCUCCAAAGUGCACACAGAAACAACAGUACUCUUCGUGUCGAUCAGUGCCAGCCACCUACUACUGGGAGGAUGACACUAAAACGGCCUACCACCUAACCAAACACAGUCAGCAAGCUGAGGCAAACGAGCGUGCGUGUGUGUGACUGUGCGAGUGUGUCAGUGGUUUGGAGUGUUUUUUGAGGAGUAUGUGCUACUUAUUUGCCAGGUCAUUUAAGAGACACAUAUGACAUUGUUGACCUUUUAUCAUAUACUAAUAUUAAUGCAUAUUUUGGGAGUACUGUUUUAUGAAGUACCUUUACUUGACUACCUCUUCUUAGUGUUACUAACACAUCAAAAGUACAUAUCUAAACAUUAUUUAUAAAACUGAAUGUUGAAGGUAUUUAUUUUAAUUGCAGUAUUGAUGGUUUUAUUACACUAGUUGUUUCAGAAGUGAGGUUUUUGCUCAAAAUGUUCUUUGAGUGAAUAUUUUGUUUCCCCUUAUAAUGCCUUACCUGUUGGUGUUGCAUAAAAUAUACAAACCAUGUGUUUCUUUGUUUCCCAAGAAUUAAAUUGUUUGUAACACGGAA